UUUACGGCGAAUUUACGAAUGGACGCCACCACGUGUAAAUUGACGCACCGAAAAUUCUAGAAUUCUGUCGGCAAAAAAUUGUGAGAGGGUGAAGUCAACUAGCGGAAAAGAAUAUAAGCUAAUAUUUUUUGUAAUUUUUUUUGAAAAGGAAGAAAGGAAAAAAUUUGAACAAGAUGCCUGAGGAAACUGAAACCUUCGCUUUCCAGGCUGAGAUUGCUCAGCUUAUGUCGUUGAUUAUCAACACAUUCUAUUCCAACAAGGAGAUUUUUUUGCGUGAAUUGAUUUCGAAUGCGUCAGAUGCCCUCGAUAAGAUCCGGUAUGAAUCAUUGACCGAUGCCACCAAGCUUGAAUCUGGUAAGGAGCUGUUCAUUAAGCUGAUUCCCAACAAGACGGCCGGCACAUUGACCAUCAUCGAUACCGGUAUUGGUAUGACCAAAUCCGAUUUGGUUAACAAUUUGGGUACCAUUGCCAAAUCUGGUACCAAAGCCUUCAUGGAAGCGCUGCAGGCUGGCGCUGAUAUCUCUAUGAUUGGUCAAUUUGGUGUCGGUUUCUAUUCCGCAUACUUGGUGGCCGACAAGGUGACCGUAACCUCCAAAAACAACGAUGAUGAGCAAUACAUUUGGGAGUCAUCUGCCGGUGGUUCCUUCACUGUGAAGGCCGAUAAUUCGGAGCCUCUGGGACGUGGUACGAAGAUUGUGUUGCACAUUAAGGAGGAUCAGACCGAUUAUCUGGAGGAGAGCAAGAUCAAGGAGAUUGUUAACAAACAUUCCCAGUUCAUUGGCUAUCCCAUCAAAUUGCUGGUUGAGAAGGAGCGUGAGAAGGAAGUCAGCGAUGAUGAGGCUGAAGAUGAGCCCAAAGAAGGUGAGGAUAAGGAGAAGAAGGACGAUGAGCCCAAGAUUGAAGAUGUCGGUGAAGAUGAGGAUGCCGAUAAGAAGGAGGGUGAUGGCAAGAAGAAGAAGACCAUCAAGGAGAAGUACACCGAAGAUGAGGAACUGAACAAGACCAAGCCCAUCUGGACACGCAAUCCCGAUGAUAUUAGCCAAGAGGAAUACGGAGAGUUCUACAAAUCUCUGACCAACGAUUGGGAGGAUCAUCUAGCUGUUAAGCACUUCUCCGUUGAGGGUCAAUUGGAGUUCCGUGCCUUGCUCUUCAUUCCCCGUCGCACGCCCUUCGAUCUCUUCGAGAACCAGAAGAAGCGCAACAACAUCAAGUUGUAUGUGCGUCGUGUCUUCAUUAUGGACAACUGUGAGGAUUUGAUUCCCGAGUACUUGACCUUCAUCAAGGGUGUGGUCGAUUCCGAGGAUUUGCCAUUGAACAUUUCUCGUGAGAUGUUGCAGCAGAACAAGGUGCUGAAGGUCAUCCGCAAGAAUCUGGUGAAGAAGACCAUGGAACUGAUUGAGGAGCUCUCUGAGGAUAAGGAGAACUACAAGAAGUUCUACGAUCAAUUCAGCAAGAACUUGAAACUGGGUGUCCAUGAGGAUAGCAACAACCGUGCCAAAUUGGCCGAUUUCUUGCGUUUCCAUACAUCGGCUUCCGGUGAUGAUUUCUGCUCCCUUGCCGAUUACGUUUCCCGCAUGAAGGAGACCCAGAAGCACAUCUACUUCAUCACUGGUGAAUCCAAGGAUCAGGUCAGCAACUCGGCCUUCGUUGAGCGUGUCAAGGCUCGCGGUUUCGAGGUUGUUUACAUGACCGAACCCAUCGAUGAGUAUGUCAUCCAGCAUCUGAAGGAAUACAAGGGCAAGCAGUUGGUCUCUGUCACCAAGGAGGGUCUGGAGUUGCCAGAAGAUGAGGAGGAGAAGAAGAAGCGUGAAGAGGAUAAGGCCAAAUUCGAGAGUCUGUGCAAACUGAUGAAAUCCAUUCUGGACAACAAGGUCGAGAAAGUUGUGGUGUCCAAUCGUCUGGUCGAUUCACCCUGCUGCAUUGUCACUUCUCAAUUCGGUUGGUCCGCCAACAUGGAGCGCAUCAUGAAGGCUCAGGCUCUGCGUGAUACCUCCACCAUGGGCUACAUGGCCGGCAAGAAGCAUUUGGAAAUCAAUCCCGAUCAUCCAAUUGUAGAGACUCUGCGCCAGAAGGCCGAUGCCGAUAAGAACGACAAGGCUGUCAAGGAUUUGGUCAUCUUGCUGUUCGAGACCUCUCUGCUGUCUUCUGGCUUCUCACUGGAUAGCCCCACUGUCCAUGCCAGCCGCAUUUACCGCAUGAUCAAACUUGGCUUGGGCAUUGAUGAUGAUGAGCCCAUGACCACCGAAGAUGCCCAGAGUUCCGGCGAUGCUCCACAACUGGUUGAGGACACCGAAGAUGCUUCUCACAUGGAGGAAGUCGAUUAAGCUCAACAGAUUUAGCAGAUACAACAUUAAAAUUACACCCACACACACACAGACACAGUUAGAUAUAUAUAUUGUGUAUAUAUAUUUUAUACGCUUAGGUACUCAGUUGUAGUCUCUUAACAAAACACACAUUUUUUGCAAAAUUCA